GGCAGUGACUAGCUAACUGAGUCAUGGUCCGUGCCUGGGAUAAAGAGGGAAUGAGGGGGGGGGCUAUCAGGGGCGGACUGACAACUCAUGGGGCCCCCGGGCAAUAGGGGAUCAUGGGGCCCCUGUGUCCUUGCCCACACUCAAAGCACACCCAAAAAAAGCGUAUUAAAAAAAAAAAGGUACCAGGGGCAUUUCAUGGGGCCCCCUACUGACCCUGGGCCUUUGGCAGUGCCCGAGUACUUGAAUAGUUAAUCCGCCCCUGCUGUGAGUGUAUGUGCAGCCUAACAGGCUGCUGUACACUCACGUGCUGCAGUAUCUGUUCUCUGUGCUCUCACUCUUCCCGAAGCUCUCUGCACAGGCAAUGUACAGCACAAGAUAAUAUUGAUUUUUA